CGUUCCCACGGGUCGGAAAAACGCCCCACGUGCAGCACCCGAUCUCAGCUAGAGCUGGAGAUGGACGCGGAUAAGGGGAAGCAACGCCAGUACUCGCAGAGGAUGGCGGAGCCUCGCUUCAACAACCCCUACUUCUGGCCUCCCCCCCCCACCAUGCCCAGCCAGCUGGACAACCUGGUCCUGAUCAACAAAAUCAAGGAGCAGUUGAUGGCGGAGAAGAUCCGCCCCCCACACCUGCCUCCCACCUCGGUGGCCUCACAGCAGCCCCUUCUGGUGCCCCCCUCACCUGCUGAGAGCAGCCAGUCCAUCAUGUCCCUGCCAAAGCUGCAGCAGGUGCCGGGACUGCACCCCCAGGCCGUGCCCCAGCCCGACGUGGCCCUGCACGCCCGGCCGGCCACCAGCACCGUCACAGGGCUGGGGCUGGCGUCCCGUGCACCGGCCGUCAGCACCUCGGAAUCCAGCCCGGGAACAGGGACCACCACCCCCUCGACCCCCACCUCCACCAGUCAGAGCCGCCUCAUCGCCUCCUCGCCCACCCUAAUCUCAGGAAUCACCAGCCCCCCCCUCCUCGACUCCAUCAAGACAAUCCAGGGCCACGGCUUGCUGGGAGCGCCCAAGGCUGAGCGGGGUCGCAAAAAGAUCAAGGCAGAAAACCCUUCGGGACCACCAGUGCUGGUGGUGCCCUACCCCAUCCUGGCCUCAGGGGAGACGGCCAAAGAGGGGAAGACGUACAGGUGUAAGGUCUGCCCCUUGACGUUCUUCACCAAGUCGGAGAUGCAGAUCCACUCCAAGUCGCACACAGAGGCCAAGCCCCACAAGUGCCCCCACUGCUCCAAGUCCUUCGCCAAUGCCUCCUACCUGGCCCAGCACCUGCGCAUCCACCUGGGCGUCAAACCCUACCACUGCUCCUACUGUGAGAAGUCCUUCCGCCAGCUCUCCCACCUUCAGCAGCAUACCCGAAUCCACACUGGUGACAGACCCUACAAGUGCCCGCACCCUGGCUGCGAGAAGGCCUUCACCCAGCUCUCCAACCUCCAGUCCCACCAGCGCCAGCACAACAAGGAUAAGCCCUACAAAUGCCCCAACUGCUACCGGGCCUACACAGACUCGGCCUCGCUGCAGAUCCACCUGUCUGCACACGCCAUCAAGCACGCCAAGGCCUAUUGCUGCAGCAUGUGCGGCCGUGCCUACACCUCGGAGACCUAUCUGAUGAAGCACAUGUCCAAACACACGGUGGUUGAGCACCUGGUCAGCCAGCACUCGCCGCAGCGGACGGAGUCGCCCGGCAUUCCUGUACGCAUCUCCCUCAUCUAAGUGGGAAGGGGACAGGGCCCCCCCAGCAUGAGGAGGAGGAGGAGGAGGAGGAGGAAGAGGAGG